GUGGAGCUCGGGCGUUUACGUGUGGAGUUGGACGUGGUGAAAUAAGACGAAUAAGCGAGAGAGAUGGCCUGUACUUCCUGGGAGAGACACUAGACGCUGACAGAGUGCUGAAGCAAGGAACUGCUUUCCGGCAUUAUAAUUGCUGCUGUUAACAUUUCAGAGAAGUCACAAGGAAACAACAUCCAGAUCUGACGGUCACUCUGUUUCUCACAAGCUGAUUAUCACAGGGGUUUGAACAUGGAAGGAAAAAGCGCUGUUCACACUUUGGAGGAUCUCUGCGUGUGAAAGAGUCUUCAAACAUUUAUUUGAAAUGUCUGAAUGCCAGCGCAGUCAUGCUGGGGAGAGACUGUGGAAAUGUGGAGAUUGUGGAAAGGGAUUUCGUUACCCAUCCCAGCUGGAAACUCACCAACGCAGUCACACUGGGGAGAGACCGUUCGUCUGCGCUGUCUGUGGGAAAGGAUUCACUCGGUCAUCCCAUCUUCUCAUACACCAGCGAGUUCACACUGGGGAGAAACCAUUCAUCUGCCCUGUAUGUGAAAAAAGCUUUGCUGCUUCAUCCUACCUGCUGGAACAUCAGCGAGUUCACACUGGAGAGAAACCAUUCACCUGCUCUGUUUGUGGGAAAGGAUUCACUCAAUCAUCCAGCCUGUUGAGACACCAGCGAGUUCACACUGGAGAGAAACCAUUCAUCUGCUCAGAAUGUGGGAAGGGAUUCAGUCAGUCAUACAACCUGCUAACACACCAACGGUUUCACUCUGGGGAGAAACCAUUCAUCUGCUUAGAGUGUGGGAAGGGAUUCACAGAGUCAACAUACCUACUGAUACAUCAUCAAAUUCAUACUGGAGAAAGACCAUUCAGUUGCUCGGAAUGUGGGAAGGGAUUCACUAGGUCAUCCCACCUGCAGAGACACCAGCGAGUACAUACCGGAGAGAAACCAUUCAUUUGCUCUGUGUGUGGGAAGGGAUUCACUCUGUCAUCCAUCCUGUUAACUCACCAGCAAAUUCACAAAGAAUCCUAGCUGAGCAAUUUUGCACUUACACCAAAUCCUGAUGCUUACUUGUUGGCUCUUUGGACUAAUGUUAUUAAACCUGGCUGUUUUAAAGGUGUUUAUAUUGUACUAAAAUGUUAAUACAAUUGUUUGUCUUUAGGAUGAGGUUUUGGAAAUAAUUUCAAGUCGCUGUGCAUGCACGCAUUCGCACUGGGUUUGAAUCUCAUUAGUCAAGGCAGUCGUUAGCAAUGUGCCUGCUCUUGUAGCAUGGUUGAGCAAUUUUCGAUGAUGGCUUUGUUUCAGUCCCUAUCGAGUUGUGGGUUCAAAUUCUACCAAUUCUGAAACCAGACAAUGUAACCCAACAGGACAUCUCCAAGGCUAAACACCCUGAGACUUUGUAGUGACUAUUUUUUUUUAAUCAGAAGUACAAGGAGAGGUUAGAACACGAUUGUGAAAUAAUUUUAAGCUGAGUGCUGAGAUGUUGUGUGUCACAUUUGUUAAAUAUUAACUGAAUGCAGCAUCUUGCAAUCAUUCAGCACUUUUAUUCUCUGCAUCGAAAUCUACGCACUUGUGCUGAUUGUUAUCAAUGGGACAAUGAGCCACAUUUCAGACAGGAAAACAAACUCACUUCAUACUGGGUGAGACAGGGACAGUCAACAAGAUUUGAUCUUGCAGUCUCCAAUCGCCAUUUCCAGCAGAAAGUGGUGACUGAAGCUGCAAUCAGUGGCUCACUACAAAUCCCUGGAACACAAGAUCCUCCAACCUGCUCCAAACUGCCCAAUGCACUGGGCACAGGCUCAGGACAAAUAAAAAGACAUAUCCUGCUCACUAAACCUCCAUGCGCUAUUGACACAAUUCCCGAGUGGAAUGAAACUUUCUCGUCUUUAAUUGGGAAAUCUUGGCUGAUAUGACUUGGGAAAUCCUGCUCCUCAUGAACAGUUCUUCUGAUGUGAAAAUUGUUUCAAAUUUGGCUACAGCUGCAGCAGAUUCUACUUAUCCUUUAAUACCUGUUUAAUCAAAUCUGAAAAUCCAGAUCUUUAAAAUGAGAAAAGACCAAACUUGCUGAAACAGUGAA